AUUACAUGGUUCUUACUUCUAUUUAUACUAACUAAUAUGUUUACUUAUUACUAGUUGAUAGUUUGUUAAGAUACAGAUUAUAUUAUUUGUUUAGGUUUGUUUAUAUAUAUAUUGCUUGCUUAGAUACAAUUGCUUUGUUCUAAGAUAAGGUUGUGGUAUUCAAACUCAAUGUUGUUUUGAUACUUGUUUGUUUAGGAUUAUUUGUUGUAGUGACAGUGCACUUCAAUUGUUCUAACUCAAGGUUGUUUCUGCAUUCUGUUUACUGAAACAAAAGGUUGUUUUGAUGUUUGUUACUAUUAUAAGGAAUACAUUCCUUAACUCGCGUGAAAUUUUGUAUAACAAGGCCUGCGUAGGCUACCGGGUGCCGAGCAAGAAGAAGGCUGCGUGGGUAAGCGUGGCAAAGGAGCUAGGUGCUACUGAUGAGCAAUGUUCGAAGAGGUGGCUGACUCUAAGGGAGAGAUUCAGUAGGGACGUAAGGAAAAUGGAGUCACCAUCAGGAAGUGGGGCGAGUAACACCGAAACCUGGCCAUUGUUCGAUAAUAUGAGCUUUUUAAAACUAUAUAUACAGCCCAGACAAAAUCGCUGCACCACAAACAUUUUAGAAGAUAUGUAUUCGCAGGAGCUGUUGGAGCCAUUUAGUUUUGAAAGUUCUCCGACUAUUUUAUCGUCACCUUCGGAGUUGUCGUCUUCAACUCCGAUCCGGAAAAGAGUCAAGAAAACAAACAGCGAUGACGACAGCUGUUUCAAAGAAGCGUGCGAGCUAUACAAAAGCAUGUGUGCAGAGAGGAGCAAUUGCAGCGAGGCGGUGAGGUCGUUUGGUGUUAUGUUGACCUCUAUCAUGAACGGUAUGAGCGAGGUAAAGCAAAUGAAAGCAAUACAAGUUUUAACAAAUUCGUUAUUUGCUAUUAAAUCGGAACCCGAAUAAUUUUUUUUUUAUUUUAAAAUCAUUUGUUUGUUGUUUUAUACAUAUAUUGAAUUAAUAUGUAAAAAUGUUUAAAACGCUUGUUACCUAGACAUAAGAAACAAC